AUGCUCGACGAAGGCCGAGCACAGAGUGCACUAGGCCAAUGCAGUAGCCUGAGCUACCAUCAAUCCGGAGCAGAGUCACUACCAUUCAUCAAAUCCGGGACCAUUGAUUUGGUGAUUGCCGUACAGGCAGCGCAUUGGUUUGAGGGUCAAGCAGUUUGGCAGGAGCUAAAACGAAUUGUCCGCACACGAGGCACUGUUGCCUUUUGGAAUUGGGGACGGUACUUUUUAAUCGGCCGCCCUUAUGGUGAUGCAGUACUACGGAAAUAUGUAUCCCAUGUCGAUUAUUUAGAACCGAUGAGAGCGGUAGAAUGUCACGAUCCCUCAAACUGGGAGAGUAUCACCCGGUUAGAAUAUGAGCCAUGUCUGGAGAAGCUCAGCACAGGUGUGGGUGAUGGAGUGCGCAUGUCUACCCGACAAACACUGCGAGAAUUAGAAGCACUGCUACGUACAUGGAGCUGCGUGCAUGAAUGGCGGAUAGCGCAUCCUGAAGCCCGGGCAAAAUAUGAGGGCGGCAGUGGAGACAUUAUUGACUCGCUGAUGGAGGAGAUGAUCCAAGCGGAAGCAGAUUGGCGAAACUUUGCAAAGAAAGGGGAUUGGCAAGAGAUUACAGUUGAUAUCGAGACACGCACUAUCUUGCUCCUUGCGCGGCGGAGAGGAGAAUAA